ACCACACUUUCUUCAGCACACAUGUGCAUUUCAAUAUUUUGAUUCGUUUAUUUACCUUUUUUUGUGGUCGAAUAACACAAAAAACCGAAGGAUAAUGAACGUCAGUGAGGACUUCAAGCCAGUGCCCACGCGGGCACAACUGGCGCUGCAGAAGAAGGAGACCAACAGCGAAUUCAAAGCCCUGGUGUUUCACGAGCCGCAAUCACAGCCAAAACACACAAAAGAUGCCAAGAAUAAGGAUCCAGACAACGAAAAUCCAUUGAAGGGCAAGGAUAACCAGUCAAAGGAUAUCAAUCCGGAGUUUGACAUCAAGAAGGCUCGCCACGAGGUCCUGAACUUCGCCAGGAACAAUCAGCGUGUAAUCAAGAACAAACGGAAAAUGGAAAUAUUUCAGCUGGAGAAGCUGGGAGCCAAGCCGCUGAAGAAAGCGUCGAAAAACUACAAGGAGCUGAAGGAUGAGCGCCAGCGACUGAAGAACGUUCGCGAGGAGCGAAAGAAGUUCCACCAAUUGGGCAAAAAUCAAACUGGAGCGGCGAGCGUCAAGUGCCGCACCAAUUUACAAAAGGACCGCAACCAGAAGAAGAGGGCGCCGGUUUCCAAUAUUGAUCAGCACUACGGCAAGGCGCAGCCCAAGUUCAAAAAGCGAAAAUAGUUAUACGAUUUUUGUUUUAAUUUAUGUUAAAGAUAAUAUAGUUAAAUAUACUAAAGAGA